GAGCUCAGACCACAACUUCCCCUGUUCUUAGUGAGGUAUGAAACAUUCAAGUGUUCACCAGAACGCAGAGGAAGAAAAAAAACCCACCCAGUAGUUGUCGUGUUUGCUGUGUGCUGGCCAUUUUGCGGAGCCCAGUCGUCCGUGUUGAGCCUGUUUUACCAUGGCCGUGUGGGGCAGGAACCUGUUACUGAUGGCCAUUCUUCUGUGGAUAAGUUUUGGGAGAGCUGAUGCUCUUUCAGACUCCCAUAUCUGUUACGUGCUGGAUGGUAUCCUGUUUACGUACGGACUCAUCCUGACUGCUCUCUACUGUAGACUCAAGAUCCUCAAUGCUCGGGAAUAUGCAGCUGAGAACGCAAAGGGCAAGAAGAAUCUUGAAGAGGGCAUCUAUACGGGCUUGACUCCUCACGCCGCGGACACUUAUGAAACUAUUGGCAUGAAGAAGUGAAUCCAAGACAGACCUUUUCCUUUAACCCUCUGAGGUCUAAGGGUAUUUUCACACAUCUUACAUACCCCUUUUUAAGGGUAUUUGCUGAUCCCCAUGUGUUUCAUAUAAAAAAUGUUCAGAACGAACUCAGCUUUCUGUAUAAUGAUGUCCAAAUAUUUUCCCAGAGCAAUGUGUAAAGAGAUAAUUUGGCACUAAAGCUGAAACAUUGCUGUUGGCUUUUUGAAAUUCCUCAAAUCUCUUUUGAAAACAAACCUUAACUUAUGAUGUGUUGUACGAAUUGUUUCGGUGCUUUAAAUGGGUUCUUGUCAAACAUUGUUUGGACUCAACGGUGCGUCUUUCGUCCUCAGAGGGUUAAAUACCUCUUUUUGUUUUAUUUAUAUAUAGCAUAUCUAACCUCGCUUAUUAGACUUUGAGAGAAUGUGAGAUUGCGUGCACCAGUGUUCAUUUCCCUUUUGCUUUUCAGGGAAGUUAAGAAGGAUGACACAGAAAUAAAGAAGUUGUGCCCAAGAUGGGCAAUCUCACAAAUGCUUACCCUUGUUGCUGUAAGGUUUUUUUUAAUUUUUAAUUUUAUUUUUUACUGUUCUGUUGCAUAUAUUUAACGCUUCAGACACACUUUGUAUUGUAAUGCUUCUAAAACAAAAAAUGAAGUGGGUGUUAUAUUUUGUGUGUAUAAACUGUUUAACUUCCUCUUUAAGGCAAUUUGAAAGAUGUCUAGUUAGAUGUUUAGUGCAAGAUGGUAGAUACUGUAGUAAAAAUAGCUGCGUUCCAAACCUCAGAAAUACUGAGUAGUGUUUCCUGCACACCACCGGAUGGCAGUGAUGGUGUCUUUGGUGUUCCAUACCCAACAGAAAAGUGUGUGAAAAUGCCUGUAUGAUGCAUAAAGCUCUUAUACAUACACAGCACCUAUUAAAUGUUCAACUUGCUUAUUAAA